ACGGCGGCUAUAAAGCGGCGCGGGACGGACUUGUGGUCGUGCUGAGUGCGGGGCGGAGCGCAGCGGUGGAGCCACGCAGGUGCGGCUAUGGCAGGCGGAGGGACGGUGGGCCUGCUGCUGGUUUCACUGCUGGUAAUGCCUGGAGCCCGAGGAGCAGAGCACUGUGGGGACGGGGAGUACUUAGCCGAAGAUCACUGCUGUGUAUUUUGUUCAGCAGGUACUUACGUUGCUCAGCAUUGCAGAGCUCCGCAUUCAAAAGGAAUAUGUGUCCCUUGCACUGAAGGAGUAGGUUAUACCACCCAUGAGAACGGCUUGGAAGAAUGCUUGUCAUGCAGACAGUGCAAAGAUGAUCAGACAAUUUUGAGACCAUGUACUUCAACACAUGAUACUGAAUGCCAAUGCAAACAAGGGUAUUUCUGCCCUGCUGAAGGCUGUGAAAUAUGUCAUAAAUGCAGUACAAUGUGUCCGGAAGGAAAAAAAAUUGUGCAGACUUGCAAUGCUACUAUGGACCUAGGAUGUGGCUUACCUGAUCAAGGAAGCACAGAUCAUGUUUGGAUUCCUAUUGUGAUAAGUUUGUUUGCCCUUGGGUUUUUGCUCUUCUGUCUAUGCAAACAGCUAAAGUGUAAUAAAGCUGCUUCACCUCAUAAAGAUGCAGAGAAGGGUCUGACCUCUGAUAGGAUGCAUUCCUGGAUGCAACAGGCUGAGUCUGAGGGCAGUACUGAAAGCCUUAUUUUAACAGAAGUGGAGGCACCUGCAAGCAACACAAUCAACCCAGAGGAUGACAACUCUGAGAGCCUAGAAGGCCAAGUGCAAACCAGUGUUAACCUGGAAGUGAAAAACACAUCACUAGAGGAAAAUAGUGUUGUACUCUCUGAGAGGGGCACCAGUCUGUGUGGCAUGAAGUGCCAGGUAGAAAGUUGCUGGAGGAGGAUUGCUGAGCAUUCUCUACCAGCAAAAACUGGGCAGAAUCCUGCUUUUCAUCAGAAUGCCGCAUCUAAAGGCCCGAGAGUUAGGAUGCCAGUAAAUCGUAUGGUACGAGAACCACAGUGUCAAAUAACUGUUAAAGAUCUCUCUCAAAAAGAGCUGAGUGACAGCUUUUUGGUCUUUAUAAAAGAAGUACCACAGAAAAAAUGGAAGCAGUUUAUGAGAAAACAUCUGGAGGAAAAUUCUAUUAAUAAAACUGAGCAUAACUUUCCAGAUGAUAUAGAAGAGCAAUCUUAUCAGAUGCUUCUCCUCUGGAAAAACUCACUGGGGGAGAAACAGUCUAUUAUUAAGCUACUGGAUGAGUUAAGGCAAGUAGAUACCAGGGCUUAUCAUAAUGUAUUGAACACUUUAAAAAGUAAGAAUAUUAUAAGUAAGUUAGAAACUAGAGAUUAAUAUUUGCAGCUAACUUGGAUAAUGUUCUUUUAUACAUAUAUAUGUCUACAAACUUCCUUUAAAUGAGGACAUCAGCAAACUACUAGGAAAAGCGGUGGCAUGGACUUGAUAUCCUCCUCACCUUCACACAGGGAGCUGGAAGUGGUUUAACAUUGUCGGUGUUCGCACAGGCUCUGGUUGAGAUGUUCACUAAGGUCUUUUGAGUUGUAUUAUGUUAAACUCAGGUGCCAGAUGCCAGCUUGGGAGCGAGGAGCUCCCGCUCGUGUUUUUUCCCUUUGUGUGAGACAGAACCAUGAUUUUCUUGAGACCAGGCAAUGGGAGCAAAGAGGCUGCCACUGUUUUUGAGAAGAUUGCCAUACUCUGUUUCCGGAACAAUUGUGUUUUGCUUUUUACGAGCAUGUAACUGUUACGUUUGGAGCACAGCAAUAAAAGCCUGGCUGAGCCAGAA